AUGAAAGAAACGAGAAAACGCAGAAGGAGAAAGAAUGCAGAAGUGGAGAGAUCAGAAGUCUCCGAGUCAGAGACAGAAAAACUAGAUGUCUCUAAGAGAAGACGCAGAAGGAGAAAGAAUGCAGAAGUGGAGAGAUCAGAAGUCUCCGAGUCAGAACCAGAAGAACUAGAUGUCUCAAAGAAAAAAUGCAGAAGGAGACAGAAUGCAGAAGUGAAAAGAGCAGAAGUCUCUGAGUCAGAACCUGAAGUGUCUGUACCAGAACCAAACAUCCUUGUGACUGACUUUAAUGAACAUGAUGGAAGGUUGAUUAAAGAAGUCCAUGGCACUAUUGUAGAAUCAGCUUGGGGGAAAUUGGAGUCGUUUACAACCUUUGAUGACAUUCAAAUCAAAGUAACAGAGUUUGCAACAGAAUUUCCUCCAAUUCUGAAACUACCUAAAGGCAUACCAAGUUUUACUGUUCGCUUAGAUGACAUACACGUGACUGGGAAAACCCGACAUGAGCAUUUACAGAAUCUUGAACAAGUGUUACAGAAGUUGGAAAAAGCAGGAGUUCGACUUAAAAAAGAAAAAUGUGUGUUCAUGGCCGAUGAAGUUACAUACCUUGGGCAUCGCAUAAACAAGUUUGGACGGCAGCCAACUGAAGACAAAGUGCAAGCUAUCAAGAACUUACCUGAACCUAGUAACAUCAAAGAACUACAGGCCUUCCUUGGAAUGCUUAACUAUUAUGAUUGCUACUUACCAAAAUUGUCAAUUGUACUACAGCCAUUACAUGAACUCUUAUCUAAAGAUGUAUCAUGGUCUUGGGGAUCUAGACAGUCAAAAGCUAUCCACUAUGCAUACUACCUUCAACCCAUAUGUGGGGAUUAUUCUGCCCCUUGA